AUGGCAGCUGGACAAGCUUCAAACUUUCUAGUUGACAAUGUAAAUAAAAUUUUAUCAGUUUAUGUACCAAGUUAUGGCCGUCAAGGUGUAAGUAAAUUGUUGACGUCUAUGGGUGUUAAAUCAUAUGGAACAAUUACAUUUCCUGAUAAUAAAUCGCAUCAAGCAGAAUUUAUUCGUAUUCCUGCAGAUGCAUCUGUUAUGGAUGUUAAAAAGUUCUUGAAUCAAGAUUGGUACAGUGAACGUCCAUCACUUGUCAUAUCGAUAACUGGCGGUGCAAAAGAAUAUAAAAUGCAACAUAAAGUAUUAAGAGCAUUUCGACGUGGUCUUCUUAAAGUUGCUCGAACAACCGGUGCAUGGAUUAUUACUGGUGGCAUGAAUACCGGUAUUAUGAAGCUUGUCGGUGAGAUUGUUCAGAUAAAUCCUGAUCGUUCUCGGCCUAUUCCUUUGAUUGGCAUUGGAACAUGGGGCUGUGUAUCUGGUUUUAAAGAUCUUGAAGUAGAAGGUGGAAAUGUAAAUUAUGCUAAAGCGCGUAGUGAUCGGAAAGGUGAAGCACCCCUAGAACCAAAUCAUACGAAAUUCAUUUUUGUUGAUAAUGGACUUGAAAGAACAUAUGGUGGAGAAAUUGCAUUUCGUGCUAAACUAGAACAAGCUAUAUCUGGUGGAUUUUUCUCAUCAAAAACUUUAUCAAAUACGUAUUCUACUGGUCCAAGUCUAUCCGCAACUUCAUCUUUACGGCCAGAUAAUUCAGGUCCAGUACCUGUUGUUCUUCUUGUUAUUGAAGGUGGCCCAAAUACAGUUCGAACCGUUAAAGAAGCGGUUGUUGGAAAUAAUAUACCUGCUGUUUUACUCGAAGGAACAGGUCGCUGUUGUGAUCUGUUUGCUAAAGCAUGUCAACUCUAUGAUAAAUAUUGUCGAAAUCUUGCACGUGAUGAAAUAACAGCUAGGCAAAAGAUAGCGUUCUACAAAUACUUGGAUCAAAAUAUUUUACAAAAACGUCAAGAAGAAAUAAAAAUUCAUCUUCGUGAAGAUCUUAAAGAUGAACUUCGAAAGAUUACUGGUUUAAAUGAUUCAUCAACCAAUGUAGAAAUUCAUGCUCGUGCAGAUGAAAUAGCGGAGUAUUACGAAUUAGUUUAUGCAUGUAUUUCUACUCGAAGAAAUUUCUUAAAUAUAAUCAGUCUUAAUUCACGGAAUCCUGUUGAACCUGAUAUUGAUUUAGUUAUAUUGCAAGCACUAUUAAAUGCUACAUCUGGCAGCGAUAUGUCUAAACCAAAUGUGCAACGAAAACGUGAACAACUUCAUUUAGCGUUAGAAUGGAAUCGUGUUGAUAUAGCUAAAAAAUAUAUUAUGAAAAAUGAAACAGAUUGGAAUAUUGAUUUAAAUGAUUUAUUUCUAACAGCACUUAAAAAUAAUCAAACGGAAUUCGUAAAAUUAUUUCUUGAUCAUGAUUUUUCUUUAACGGAUUUGUUUCGUGAUACUGCUCAACUUCUUGCACUCUAUCCAACUGAACUUGUAGAAAUUCAUGGACCAGCAAAAUCUCAAGAUCCAUUACGAAUCAUAUAUGAAAAUAUUAUUCAACCAUUUGUAGGAGAUCUUUUUGACGUUGAUGCUGCGCUUCAAUCAAAAAAUUUAACAUCUAAUAGUGAAUUAAAUGAUGAAAAUGAAGAUGAAAUAAGUAGUUGUUGUGGGAUGCGGCGUUAUCGAAUGCCUGCUGGAAAUAGAAACGGCGGUGGCAUUACGCAAGCAUGUGGGCCAAUAAAUAGUUCUAUCAAUUAUUUGGAUGUUGAUCGAGAACUUUUUCUCUGGUCGGUAAUGACAAGUUCACAAGAUUUAGCAUUAUUAUUUUGGUCUCGAGGCAAGAAUAAAGUUUGUGCUGCAUUAAUUGCCACAUUAUUAUAUAAAAAACGUGUUAAUCGAGAAGGUGAUAAUAUUUAUAAUCAGUGGGCGGAUGACUUUGAAGGUUUGGCCGUAAAAAUACUUGAUCAGCUUUAUCAAGUAAAUCCUGCAGCAUGUGCAAAAGCAAUUAUACGACAAAUUCCAACUUAUGGCAAUGCUAAUUGGUUAGAAUUAGCUAUUGCUGCUGAUGCUAAAAAGUUUAUUGCUCAACGAGCUGUACAAGAUUUACUGAAUGAUAUUUGGUUUGGAUAUAUUGAUCAACGAGUAGCUAAUAUGAGCAUCAUAUUUUGCACAUUUUUACCUUGUUUCAGUGGUUUUCUUACUUAUCAUGAUGAAUUAGUUACAGCAAAUGAAAGAAAAGGAAUGCUUGAUGAUUCAAUCGAUAAACCGCAAGCUCUUCAACGGCAAGCAUCAAGACAAAAAAGGAUGGCAGAUAGACCCGGAGAAACAUUUCACAUGAAGUUAUUGUCAGGUGUACACGACGUAGAUAAUAGUCCUGUUGAAUUCGUCGCUGUUGGCUGUUUUGACAAGACAACAGCUAAAGUGUAUCGAUAUUUUUCGAAUUGUAUGGUUUUUUUACAUGCUCCAUAUGUUAAAUAUCUUUAUAACUUAUACUUCCAUAUGAUAUUUUUACUACUGUUUUCCUAUGUAAUGUUGUUCGAUUUUUUCCCACUGUAUGAUUAUCCAGUGGAUGUAUGUGCACCAUCUGGCAUAUCAAUAAGUCGCACAGAGCAUAUAGCUGACAAUAAUAAUAAUAAUGGACCGAUCAAAAAUUAUCCACUCAUAGAAAAUCAAUCUAAUGUUACAAAAUCAAUCUCACAUGGAUUGCAACGACAUAGUCGACCGUCGGUUUUUGAAUUUCUACUUCUUGUGUGGGUUUUUACAUUAGUUUGCGAAGAAAUUCGACAGCUAUUUUCCAUAGAAGCACAAUCCAUGCGAAAUGUUAUUAGAGCUUAUUUUAAAAUAUUUUGGAAUAAAUUAGAUGUAUUAGCCAUAGUUUUAUUUUUCGUGGGCUUUGCACUUCGAUUUUUUUCAACAUCGGAAUGUUAUUGUGCAGCACGCAUUGUCUUAUCAUUUGAUUUAGCAAUUUGGUUCAUACGUUCAUUGGAUAUGUUUACUGCUGUAAAACGUCUUGGACCUAAACUUGUUAUGAUUGGUGAAAUGGUUAACGAUUUAUGGUUUUUCAUGUUGAUGCUAACUGUAUUUAUUUUGGCAUUUGGUGUAUCAUUUUAUGGUUUAGUUCAUGGUGUACAAGAAUUUUCUUGGCAUAUACCACGUGAAAUUCUAAAUCUUGCUUUUUGGCAAAUAUUUGGAGAAUUGAAUGCCUUAGAAAUAUUUGAAAAUAACUAUAGACCAAAUGGCUAUGCUGCAUUUGUUUUUUUGAUUGCUUACAUGGCCAUUGUCAGUAUACUCUUGGUCAAUCUACUCAUUGCUAUGUUCAGUAACACUUUUGAUCGCCUUCAAAGCGAUACAGAUCGUAUCUGGAAAUUUCAAAGAUAUUCAUUAGUACGUGAAUAUUUGUCACGUCCAGCAUUGCCACCACCUUUCAUCUUCUUUCCUCAUGUUUGGCGUUUGAUCUUACACCUAUCCGUGUGCUGUUGCAAAUCACAAUGCAUACAAAAUAAAUACUCGGCGCAUGCGAAUCGAAUCGAAUACAAAACUAAACUUAAUAUAAAAAGUUCAACAAAUAUUGAAAUAGCUGAAGAUGCUCUUGGUGAUGAAGUUUAUUACAACUACUUGAAAGUAGGAGGAAAAUUAGACGAUGAAACAUAUCUCGAUGAAGAACGAGUGCAAUCACCACAAGAAAAUGUAUUCAAUAGAAUACGAACAAUUGAAAAGCGUGUAGAAGCGAUGAGUAGUCAACAAGAUCAGAUGUGUGUUUAUCUUGAUCAUUUGAUGGAAGGUUUGAAAGUCAUAGGCGGCGAACGUAUCAAAAUGCCCGAACGACGUCGUCUAGAUCCUGAAGAAUCAUUUGAUGAAGCCAGCAAUCCUAUUGAACAAACAAAACGACAAUAUCUAGGAGAUAUAUUAUCCGAACAGCGUCGUUCUCAGGGCAGUUCUAAUGCUGAUGAGCAGCCAUCUACAAUAUUUAACUUUUUUCCUACAUAUAGAAACAUGUCAGAAAAUAGUCCAACUUCAAUACAUGCAACUAAUGUUAAUAACAACAAUAAUAGCAAUCCAACAUCAGAUACAGGAACAUCGUCUGUCCCAUUUACACUCAAACGUUGGAAUCUUGUUGGUAUUUGGAGUUGGGAUGUAGCUCAUGAUGUAUGUGCUAUAUGUCGAACGGCUUUAUCUGAAUCGUGUCUACGUUGUCAAGCUGCAAGUAAUCUUCAAGAAUGUAUUAUUGUUUGGGGUACAUGCAAUCAUUCCUUUCACAAUUGUUGUAUGAGUCAGUGGGUGAAGCAAAGAGCACAGUGUCCACUAUGUCAAACAGAUUGGGUGAUUAAUCGAAUAGGACAAUAA